AUGCACAUCUCUGAUUUGAGACAGUUGGAUAAAAGGAGGGAUGUGUCAUUUUUAUGUGUGAUGAACACUUCUUUUUACCGUCUGUGCUUGCAGGUGGUUUGAAGUGUCCUGUUUGCAGCUUUGUGUAUGGCACCAAAUGGGAGUUCAACAGGCACCUGAAGAAUAAACAUGGCUUGAAGGUGGUGGAAAUUGAUGGAGACCCCAAGUGGGAGCCAGCAACAGAGACAUCUGAGGAUCCCCCCACCCAGUAUCUCCAUAUUGCUGAGGCUGAAGAAGAUGUUCAGGGGACACAGGCAGCUGUGGCAGCACUUCAAGACCUGAGAUACACCUCUGAGAAUGGUGACCGGCUUGAUCCCACAGCUGUGAACAUCCUGCAGCAGAUCAUUGGGCUGGGUGGGGAGACCCACGAUGCCACUGCUGUUGCCUCAGUGGUUGCCAUGGCACCCGGUACGGUGACUGUGGUAAAACAGGUAAGGACCCUGUGCUAUAAAAUAUCUAUCUCUCCAGCUGCCACACACCUGCUUCUUUCCCUCCCCCACUGGUUUUCAGGGCUUUAA